AUGCGCGUACUCAGUGGAGUAGAGUUGGAGGCGGUAAAUCGUGUGGUGGAGCACCUGCGCUGCCAUCCCGAGGAUCUUCAUCGCAAUGAAUUUCGGGAGUUACGGGAAUACAUGGCGUCGCUUGGUGCCUCUAUUCCCCCACCUCCGGACACACCGGACGUUAGCGGGGUAAGGAAGGAGGCGAACUCGGACGACGAGGAGGAGUACGUGAGCGAGCCCGAUUCGCAGCGCUGUGUAUUGGAGCCUGUGUCCGAUGAUGACAUCGCAGCCUAUGAUGGCACCGAUCCCACACCAGAGGAUGAGGAGAGGGCAAUGGGGCUCAAGGCGCAGGCGGCAGAGUUGGCGGCCGAUGGGGAUUUCGAUAAGGCCAUCGACUUAAUGGGACAAGCAUUACGAAUUGUGCCUGGUAAGGCGAUGUACUGGGCCCAGCGUGCGAGCUACUUUCUGAAAUGUACACAACCGGGCGCAGCUUUGCAGGAUGCCAAUCGAGCUCUGGACCUCAACCCCGAGAAUGUGCGGGCACUGCGUGUUCGUGGCACCGUCAAUCGUCGCCUGGGCAAAUGGGAAGAGGCACUGAAGGACCUGAGUGAGGCACAAGCCGUUGAUUACGACGAGGGAAUCGAUGAGAUACUGAGGUUUGUGCAGAAAAGGACGAACGACCGUCGCCAGUUCCAGCAACGUAAAAAGGAAGCCCAAAGGCUGCGGCAGGAGGCCCUUCGUCGCCAACGUGAACAAGAACUACGUGAAGAAGAGAUGAAGAGGGAACAGCAACAGCAGCGGGAUCAGCAGCAGUCUGGUGCUGGUGACUUCCCUGGCGGUGCUGGUGGAUUCCCUGGCGGUGCUGGUGGAUUCCCUGGCGGUGCUGGUGGAUUCCCUGGCGGUGCUGGUGGAUUCCCUGGCGGUGCUGGUGGAUUCCCUGGCGGUGCUGGUGGAUUCCCUGGCGGUGCUGGUGGAUUCCCUGGCGGUGCUGGCGGAUUCCCUGGCGAUGCUGGUGGAUUCCCUGGCGGUGCUGGUGGAUUCCCUGGCGGUGCUGGUGGAUUCCCUGGCGGUGCUGGUGGAUUCCCUGGCGGUGCUGGUGGAUUCCCUGGCGGUGCUGGUGGUGGUGGCAUGCAGUCCUUUAUGGAGAGCCUGUUUCAGGACCAGGAGCUCGCGGAGGCAAUGAAAGAUCCGGAGGUGGCAGCAAAGCUUGCUACCCUUCGGAGCAAUCCCAUGGCUGCUCUGCAGAUGAUGGGUGACCCCAAGGUAGGCCCUCUGAUUCAGAAGAUGAUGUCCAAGGCAAUGGGUGGCAGUUCCCCGGGAUCUUCUCCCUUUGGUGCUGGUGCUUCUGCUGGUGCUUCUGCUGGUGCAACCUCCCACGCGGAUGCGCAUCAUAGUGAUGAACUUGAUUAA